AUGUCCGACAAACUUACCAGAGUUGCUAUUGUCAAUAGCGACAAGUGCAAACCUAAGAAAUGUCGGCAAGAAUGCAAGAAGUCUUGCCCCGUGGUCCGCACAGGCAAGCUGUGCAUUGAGGUCACCCCCGAUUCCAAGAUCGCCUUCAUCUCGGAGCGUCUCUGCAUUGGAUGUGGUAUCUGUCCGAAGAAAUGCCCUUUCGGCGCCAUUCACAUCAUCAACCUGCCCACCAACCUAGACACGCAGGUGACCCAUCGCUACUCGGCCAACAGUUUCAAGCUCCACCGCCUGCCCAUGCCGCGUCCUGGCCAGGUCCUUGGUCUCGUGGGAACAAACGGUAUUGGGAAGAGUACUGCGCUGAAGAUCCUGAGUGGUAAACUGAAGCCCAACUUGGGACGAUAUGAUGACCCGCCCGACUGGGAGGAGAUUCUCAAGUAUUUCCGUGGUUCCGAGUUGCAGAACUACUUCACAAAGGUGCUGGAGGAUGACCUGAAAGCGGUUGUCAAGCCACAAUACGUCGACCAGAUCCCCAAGGCCGUGAAGGGACCAGUGAAGAAUGUUGGUGCUCUCAUCGAGGCGCGUGCCCAGAUGGACAACAUGGAUCAUGUGAUGGAUGUUCUUGAACUGAAGCAGGUUGCGGAUCGUGACAUUGGUCUUCUCUCUGGAGGAGAACUCCAACGUUUCGCCAUUGGUCUUGUGUGUGUGCAGCAGGCUGACGUCUACAUGUUCGAUGAGCCGUCUUCUUAUCUUGAUGUCAAGCAACGUCUUAGCGCAGCCCGUACGAUUCGAGAAUUGCUGCGCCCCGAUGACUACGUGAUCGUCGUCGAGCACGACUUGUCCGUCCUGGAUUAUCUGUCUGAUUUCAUCUGCGUGCUCUAUGGCAAGCCGGCUGUAUACGGAGUCGUCACUCUUCCCGCCUCCGUUCGUGAGGGUAUCAACAUCUUCCUCGACGGCCAUAUCCCCACGGAAAACCUGCGUUUCAGAGAGGAGUCUCUCACUUUCCGUAUUGCAGAAGCUGGGGAUGAAUUUAUGGUCGACAAGGGCCGUGCAUUCAGCUACCCCGCCAUGGAGAAGACUUUGGGCAACUUCCAUCUCAAGAUCGAUGCUGGAAAGUUCACCGAUUCGGAGAUUAUCGUCAUGAUGGGAGAGAAUGGAACGGGCAAAACGACCUUCUGUAAGCUGCUUGCCGGUGCAGAGAAACCCGACGGCAAUGUCUUUGUUCCCCGCUUGAACAUCAGCAUGAAGCCCCAGAAGAUCACGCCCAAGUUCCAGGGAACGGUGCGCCAGCUGUUCUUCAAGCGUAUCAAGGCCGCCUUCCUCAAUCCGCAGUUCCAGACAGAUGUGUACAAGCCUCUCAAGAUCGAUGACUUCAUUGACCAGGAGGUUCAGAACCUGUCUGGUGGUGAAUUGCAGCGUGUCGCCAUUGUCCUGGCUCUGGGUAUUCCGGCGGAUAUCUACUUGAUCGAUGAACCUAGCGCUUAUCUCGACUCUGAGCAGCGUAUUGUCGCGGCUCGAGUGAUCAAGCGGUUCAUCAUGCACACGAAGAAGACGGCGUUUAUCGUCGAGCACGACUUCAUCAUGGCAACGUACCUGGCUGAUCGAGUCAUUGUGUUUGACGGCAAACCGUCCGUUGAUGCUCACGCCAACGCGCCUGAGUCCCUCCUUACGGGUUGUAACAAGUUCCUUCAGAACUUGGACGUGACGUUCCGCCGUGACCCCAACAGCUACCGGCCUCGUAUCAACAAGUACCAGAGUCAGCUGGACCAGGAACAGAAGUUGAGCGGGAACUACGUACGUUCUUCUCCCUUUUAUUUUGCUGAUCUGAACUUCUCAUGCUACGAAACAACACCCACUGUAUUCUGUUUUUGGAAAAUGCUGACUGAUUCCCCAAACAGUUCUUCCUGGAAGAAGAGAGUUGAAAAGGGCGUCCUACACAGGUAUCAUCGCGGUCCUCACUGGGAUGAUGGACGCGACUCGUACAAUCGGCGCCACGGGUAUCGGGGUACAAAACACGGCGUUCGGUUCCUAGCAUUUUCCGGCGUUGGCAGGCGAUCGGGGUGCCGGUCAGGGAGGCGUCGUCACCUUGUCGGCCUGCCCGAUGAUGAGGCCGGGGGUGGCGAGGAUGACGAUGAGGAUGACAUCUUUGGCAAGGACAAUGGCAGACGGCGUGUCACCAUUUCCCGAUGUCGACCAUCUGUCGUCGUUGAUGUACUACAUGUAGGUUCAAAAAUUUGGGAGUUAUUUUUCAAGGUCAUGUGGACUCCAGAUAUCCAGCGCGCCAUACUUAGUCUCCUAAACGCUCGUUUCACGCAGUAA